AUGGCUGGUCGACGAACACUGCAGUGCAAACUUCAAAACAGGCAGUCGCACUUGCGGUGCACAUCGCAGAUAACGACCCAGAAAAUUCCCAGUCACUCGAGACGAAGAAAAAAAGAUAAUUUUAGCACUCAAAGAGCAAAAAGUACAGAAGACGUCACGUAG